AUGCGGGUUUCCAACUUCGCAUAUUGGUGGGGCUUGAGCUUGCUGUGCGCCGCACACCCUGAUGCUCACCCCAAUGCUCAUCCCAUUGCGCAACCAAAUGCCCAUCCCAAUGCGCAACCAAAUGCGCAACCAAAUGCUCAUCCCAUUGCACAACCAAAUGCGCAACCGAAAGCGCAACCUAUUGCACACCCAAAAGCGAAUCCUCAACAAUUCACGAACAACGCUCCGUUUUCCGGCGCCAUCUACAUUGUCUACCCGAACGGACAAGAAGUUACAGGUGUCGAAACAAACCAAUGUCCCUCCUUCGCAUCACAAAGCUGCGGCAACAUUGGCCAUCCAAGUUGGUGCUGUGCGGGCGGAUACACAUGCGCUUCACCAGAGACCCUCGGGGGAGCAUGCGGUUGCUGUCCAGCAGGAAGCUCCUGUGGUGGAACGAUUAAUGUAGCAAGCGUUACAACGGUUACCGUGCAAGCAGCACCGCAGACAGAGGUUGUCUACAUUCAACCGCCUCCUACGACCGUCGCUGUAUACAACCAACCGCAAAACCCUACGCAAUAUCACCCGCAACAAGGCGGUUUUUGUCAGACGCUUACCAUGGAUGGACCUGGGCUACCGACCACAAGAGAAGCGGAAUGCGGAACGAUACUGAUCGUCAAUGAAGCCUCAAUUGGUUUGAAGCCUUUGGGCUUUGGAAUUGGUGCAUUCAUACUUAUGAUUCAUGUGGUUCUUGGGCGGAUGUUUCGCUUUAUCUAA